GUUAAUGUAGUGCCUCCCUCACUUCAAAUGUUCAGUUAAGUGUUCUUUAAAAAGAAGGAAGGGAAGUUAGAAAACUAAGUAGCUCUAGGGCCAGAAAAAGAAAGAUAUGUGGAAAUAAACUGUCAAAGAAAACUAUUCAAAAGAAAAAUGAACUUCUGAGGGAGAUGAGCCUUUCUCUCACUGAAAGACUAGUCUCUUUCAAAUACAUUAUACUUGCACCAUGAGGGAGAUUAUUCUAGAUAAACUUUAAUAUUUUUUUCAAGCAUAAGACUGAUUUAAAGUGCCUAGUGACUUUGAGAUGGCCUCAGAUAUUUACUUAAUUUUUUUAAAUAUGCAGACUUCAAAUUAUAAGAUACCAAUAAACUUUGGAUUUUUGUUAUAGAUUCUAUAAUAAAACUUACAUCUCUUAAAUUUUUCACUUUUAAUUUAGCUACUGGCUUUUGCAAAGAAUUUGGAUGUAGAAUUCAGCUUGGAGGCAGAAAGAAUGAUUCAUGGCUAUUAUCUAGCCAGUCGAAGAAUCAGAACAGAUUUUAUAUAUGGAUCAAAACUGUCAGCAUCUGCAUUAAAAUAUUUAGUUUCCUUAUCUGAAGCCCAUGCACGACUGAAUUUAAGGAAUAAAGUGCUCAAAGAAGAUGUACUAAUUGCAGCUUUAUUAUUUGAAACAUCUCUCACAUUGAAAUAUGGGGCCACUGUAUUUUGUGUUGCUCCAAAUGCAGUAUUUCCCUUUGAACUGUACAAUGAAGAGUACUUACAACAAAGGGAUCUCUAUCUGACUCAGUGCCAGAAACAGCUCCAACAGUUUAUUGCCACAUAUGGACCUGGAACAGCUGUUUUCACUAACGAUGAAUAAGCAAUUUGAGAAAAAUUUCCUUUUGAUUUCAACUUCAGCAAUGGGAGAGUGUAUUCGAGUAACUUUAAAGUAAUGCUUCAGAUAGUACUGUAUAGAGGAGUACAUCAGAAUGCCAUUUAAAAAACAAACCAUGGUCUCCACAAAAAUCAACUGCUACUGGGAUAUACACUAAUCCAAACUUCUAAAACAAAUUACCAAAAUUUCAAAUUUUAGGAGAGAAAUGUGGAUGAUUAAGAUGAUGAAGUCACCAAAGAGAAUCCUAAGUUUCUGGUUAGCCCAGUGUAUGUGAUAAAAAAAAAAA